GGGGGGAGCAAUGUAGUUGAUCGUGCUUCUUCUUCUGAAUCUUCUUUAUCAGACAUCGGUCACUCUCUGGAAGUUGGAAGUUGGCUAUGUUCUCCUUAGCAUAUGGUUAUUAGAAGCCUGGCAUAUCUUAGAACAACAUGGCUCGGAUUACGACAUCAAAGUUCCUCAGAAGAGUGCACUACUCGUGAGUAUGCAAAAUAAUUAGUGCUGACCGAAGUUUCAGUUAUUAGGGGACAGGAUGUUACCCAGAAGAGGUGAUCAUUAUUUACGUCAGAAGUACAGUCAUGAUGGAUCCCCCAGAGAAGCUUUAAAGCAGAAAAUGCUCAGUCAGGAGUAUACAUUCAAGAAGCAGGUCCAGGAACUUCAUCGGUUGUACCAGAUACAAACGAUUCUGAUGAAGAAUUUGCGGUUGAAAGAGUCUGCAAGCUCCUCUUUUCAAGGAAUCUCACGAAGACCUAUGGAUGCUGAAGUUUCAACCAGUCACCACGUGAAACAUAGUGAUCUGCAUUUCCCUAAGAAGGGAGAUGGUUGGGGUACUGCAGAAAAUCCUGUACAAGUAGAUCAGUAUUUUGAUGGUGAGCUAGGAGCUUCUUCAGAAGAAGUUCAGCUUUCCUUGAGCAUCAGUGGGGACACUAUGCAAAAUAAGAGUUGCAAGAAAAUUUGGGAUAAAAAGCUCACUUCGAUAUCCUCCCAAUAUGCAAUUGACUUGGAGGAAUCAGCUCCCACAGCAUCGAGUAGAGAUAUCCAACCUAAGUCUGCACUCGGCUGUGCUGCUUGCUCUGCUGAUUCUGGAAACCUGCAUGUUUUCCAGAUUAGUUGCAGCUGCCCAAAUGGCGUGAAUAAAUAUCUUGAUGAUGGAAUUAAGAGAACUCAGUCACUUGUAGAUGAGACUAAAAAUUUUCUAGAGCAGAACAACUUAGAUCAAGGGGCUAAAAAUUGGCUUGGAAACGUUCCAAGUAUGGGUAUAUCUUGUGCGACCAACAUUUGUCCUUCCCGUGAAGCUGCAUGCAUAGACCUUAACAAGCCUCUGCUUGAUGAAGCACCUCACUCAGAGGAGUACCUUGUAAUGGAGUGCUCAGCUGGUGCCUCUUCUAGUGUUUCAGAGAGAGUGAGUGGUGAAUGGCACAAAGUCUCGUCACCUGUUGGAACUAGUAGAAAACCAGAGAGUAGGUGCAUUUCUGCUAUGACUAAAGAAGAUACCCUGAAUAUUACAGUGAUGGCUUCCAACAGCACCGAUAGUAGCACUAUCAUGACUGGAAGUAAAUCACCCUCUGUUGAUCUAGAGUCAUGCUUCAAGUCACCAUCUGACCAAAGUGAUGUUCAUGACUGCCUCACUGAUAACUUGCAACAUAAAGAUGCAAAAUUUGUGUCAAAUCUUCCCAGAAAAAAUCAUAAAGGCAAAACGAUGAUCGAAGUGGAUGAUAUGAUGGGCGAAGUGGAUGCCAUGUCUCCAAAUUUAUGUAUUAGGGGAGAUAACGUCGAGGAUGAGGACAGAGACAGUUCCCCUGCCUCGUUCAAGUUUGGUUGUAUUGGAACUGAUCCUUCAAGUAGCUUUAAGACUGUGCAAUCUGGGACUCGUGUGGGAAAAUCUGUUUCCUUCCAAAACUCUGAGUCAUCUCAAGAUGAAUCUUCUAUUCACGCUGAAUCAAAAUCUGAAUCCUUUGAUGGGAAAACAGAAGGAUCAGCACGAGAUGAUGCUCUAAUCCAAAAAGGUGCCGUUUCUCUGAUGUACUUUUUGCUGGAAAUAUCGAGUAGAGAGGAGGAUGAUCGUGUUGCUGAGGUUGACAAGAUGAAUGAGAUUGAGAAAGGGAAGAGAGAUCAGCCACAGUGUUCUUCAGAUAAAUUAUUUGCCUUUCACUUGGAACCCAAAAAGGAAGGAAAUCGACCAAUUGAGAACAAGGACAUAGUGCUGUGGUAUACAUUAGGUUUCCAUCAUGUUCCAUGUCAAGAGGACUUUCCCAUCAUGCCAACCGUGUCAUCAAGCUUUGACCUAAAGCCAGUCAAUUUUUUUGAGAGUAAUCCUAUUCUCAACAUCCCUCCUAAUGUUGAAAAGGAUCUGCCAAUUUGCAAUGCUGCGGCUUCUGCUUAA